CUGUUAAGGUGCUAGAUACACCUGGACCACCAGGACCAAUUACCUUCAAAGAUGUUACAAGAGGAGCUCUUACGUGGGAUGACCCAACCAAUGAUAGAGGAGCCCGUAUUCCUCAUUAUAUUGUUGAGAAGCGUGAAGCUAGUUGUCCAAGUUAGCAGGAAGUUAGUAUGAAAUGCACUCGUCAGAUCCUGAGAGUGAGUAACCAUGCAAUAACCUUGUUCAGAGUCAUUGCAGAAAACCAGUAUGGUCUAGGGAAACCCUAUGAAAUGACAGAUCCAGUCAUUGCCACUGAAGAACCUGCUCCACCCAAGAGACUGGAUGUCAUUGAUACCAUAAAUUCUACUGCCACCCUAGCCUGGUUAAAGCCUGAGCAUGAUGGUGGAAGUCGCAUCACUGGAUACAUAGUUGAAACUAAAGCAAAGGUCCGGAAGCGCUUGUAAGAAGUACUCGCAUCAGUACACCAGCACACGUGCUAUGGCCAUUAUCAAGGUCUGUGACAGAAAUGAUACCGGGAAGUACGUCCUGACUGUGAAGAAUGCCAGUGGAGUCAAAACGGUUGCUGUCGACGUUAAGGUCCUUGAUGCACCUGGACCUUGUACUGACACAAUCAAAAUCAGUCCAGUGACAGAGGAAAAAUGCACUGUAUCCUGGAAAAUACCACUGGAGGAUGGUGGAGACCCCGUCACUCACUACAUUGCUGAGAGACGCGAAACCAGCAGACUCAACUGGGUGGUAGCAGAAACUGAGUGCAAGACUCUCUCUUGUGUUAUUACCAGGCUGAUAAAGAACAAUGAAUACAUCUUCCGUGUCAGAGGUGUGAACAAAUAUGGGCCUGGUGUACCACUAGAAUCUGAGCCUGUUAUUGCCAGGAAUGCAUACACCAUCCCAUCACCUCCUGGGGCACCAGAAAUCACAGCUGUAGGCAAAGAACAUGCCAUUAUUGAAUGGCUGAAGCCUGAGAGUGAUGGUGGCAGCGAAAUCAAAAAUUACCUCGUGGACAAACGUGAAAAGAAGAGUGUCAGAUGGACCAGAGUAAAUAAAGACUACACCAUAUACGAUACAAGACUUAAGAUCGCUAGUCUUCUGGAAGGCAGCAAUUACCAGUUCCGUGUCGCAGCUGUGAAUGCAGCUGGAAACAGGCAGCCAAAUGAAGCAUCUGAACACCACAUCCAUUAUUUCAAGUGGAACUACUUCUACUUUAACUUCUCUUACUCUAUUGCAGACACUCCUGCUCCUCCCUCUGUUCCACGAGUGACAGAUACUACCAAGCACAGCAUUAGCCUAGCAUGGACAAGACCAAUGUAUGAUGGUGGAGCUGAUGUCGCUGGAUAUAUUCUUGAGAUGCUAGAGGAAAGAACAGAGCAGUGGUACAGAGCGCAUCACCUGGCCAUUAUUAUCUUAAGUCAUUCAAGUACUUCUUUGCAGAAGCAGUGCCACUUCUUGGAGGACUGCUUGGAUCUUGGCAAACUGCCUAGGAAGUAUUUGAAGGUGGAGGAGGUGGUGAAACAGCUGCUCACACCAGGAAAUAUGACCCUGCAACUGGUGAAGGCCAGCCUCAUCCUGGAAAGCUGA